AUGCGUUUGCAAAGUCAACCGGACUUUCAACGAUUUUUGUUAGAUAUUGGUGAGGGCAAAACUGGUCCAAAGGUAGAUUUACCGCUAGGAUUAGUUGCUCCUAGAAAUUCUUUAGAUGGUCUCAUUGAAGCUAUUUUUGAAGAUCCGGUUGAUUUUUCUGAGCGCGUCAUUUUGACUGUCCGGAAUGAUGAUGCCCAAGAAAUCAAUCGAAAAAUCACCGAUCGUAUACCUGGUGAUGUGCAUCAAUGUUUUAGUGCUGAUUUUGUUCACGAGAAUGAUGAACAUGCCCAUCAUUACCGAGUAGAGUUUUUGAAUUCUUUACAAUUGAGCGGUUUGCCUCCUCACCAAUUAAGUCUUAAAUAUGGCCAAUAUUUGAUGUUGCUAAGGAACUUGAAUCCGGCAAAAGGUUUGUGCAAUGGUAGUCAUUUGCAUCUUUUGCAAGUGUCUUCCAAUGUGUUGUUAUAUGAAAUUGUAGAAGGACGCUAUCGUAGCCAAGAGGUAUUGAUUCCUAGAAUCACACAUCAUUACAACGAUAGCCGCUUGCCAUUCACACUUUGUCGGAGACAAUUUCCUGUCACUGGUGCUUUUGCCAUGACAAUCAACAAAUCGCAGGGCCAAUCAUAUGAUCGAGUUGGCAUUUAUCUUCACAAUGAAGUAUUUAGCCAUGGUCAAUUAUAUGUGGCAUUGUCUCGUGGUAGACAUCCUGCAAACAUUAAGGUUGCCAAUGACAACAAUGAAGCUGUGGGAAUGGUUAAAAACAUUAUUUAUCAUGAGGUUUUUACAUGA